AUGGGUUUAAGUCCUCUGAUCCGAGUCAAUGGUCUGCUUGGGGGUUUAUCAUAUUCCGCACUUGCUAUUAUAGACCAACUCAUGAAGCUCUUUGGACUAAAUUUCGUAGUCGCUGGGACUAGACUGGAUCAAGCGAUCAAAUUACGGAAAAAAUGCUGGGUGGAAGAUCCUACUUUAGAUGGCGCUUCGCCUGAAGAGGUUUCGCGGUACAUGCGGCCAAAUAUCUCUCGUGGAUAUGCCACUUCUGUAUGCAUUAUGGUCACACCGGACUCUUUGGAAUCGAUUCUUAACUCGCCUCUUCCGUCUUCAGCCCUUCAGAGGGAACGCGAAGAGCUCCCCUUUGUAGUAGCUGUCUCCAGGGCUGCUAAUGAAAUACCGAUCAUGGAGAAUACAGAAGAUGACUAUAAACCGCAGGCGUAUAUUAGGGUGGCCGUGGAAGCUCUCAUGGAUGAUCUGUAUGGGAUUAUGGCUUUGGAUGUUAUGGACCUGCCCAUACUGACUAAUGGGAUGAGACAAAAGGAUAUCUGGUGUCAUUUAUAUAAGGAUGGCAUCCGGCGAUACGAGGAAACUCGCUGUAGUGCAAGACACAUCUGA